UUUGACAUUAGUGGCCUGUGAAAUGAAAUGUCAAAUGUAAAAACAAUACUCGCAAAAGUAACAAAACAUAGUCUUAUUUUUUUACAAAUAUUCACUUAAUGUAGACUUUACUAUUACUGCUAGUUGCAAUAAUGGAAGAGGAGAACAAAUUGCCACUUAAACGUGUCGAGUUGUCCCUGACAAAGUUCAACGAAGUGGCGAUUCCUCACCAUUUAGAUUUGCUUCGUCAACACAAGGCUAAUAUUUUAAAGGUUACACUAGUAAUUUCCUGGAAGCCACUGAGCUCGUCGCUGUCCCAGUACGAGCAGUGCGGGCAGUUCGCGCGCGUGCGCAGCGAGCAGACGCACGCGCGGCGCGUGGCGGCGCAGCUGCGCGCGCUGCUGGCCGAGCUGGAGGCGCUGCGGCGGCGGGUGCGCGCGAGUGACCGCGCGCGCUUCGACCGCCGCACCGCGCGCGCGCGCGACCUCACCCUGCGCGCCGUCGUGGACUACCUGGGUGUGAUAGAGCGCAGUUGCAUCGCGCUGGUGACGCACGCGCAGGCGAGGCCCCGGCCCAGCGAUUCUUCUCCGGUGUCGAUCCCCGGGGAGCCGGCGGAGUGCGCGCUGGCGCCGGGCAGCGCGGCGUCCUCGGAGUCGGUGGGGCUGGUGGCGCCGCCGGACGCCGAGCUGAUCCAGCUGCAGGUGGACGAGACGGAGCUGCAGCUGCGCGCGCGCGAGGCGGCGCUGCGCGGCUGGGCCGAGCUGCAGGCCGAGCUGCGCGCGCUGCACGCCGCCUGGCAGCACGCGCAGGCCGCCGCGCUGGCCUCGCGCGACCAGGUGAGCGCGGCGGCCGACGACGUGGAGGUCGCGGCCGACAACGUACGGGCGGCGCGCACCACGCUCGCCGCGGCCGAGAGGCUGCGCGCGGGCGCGUACGGCGCGUGCGGCGCGCUGGGCGGCGCGCUGCUGGGCGGGCCGGCGGGGCUGCUGCUGGGCGCCAAGGCGGGGCUGGCCGUGGGGCUGGCGGCGGGCGGGCUGGGCUACCUGGGCGGCGCGGGGCUGGCGCGCGCGCUGCCGGCGCCCGACCAGGACCGACCGCUAGCGGGGGACACCCGCACCGCUGGCGGCGCGCUGCUGGGCGGGCCGGCGGGGCUGCUGCUGGGCGCCAAGGCGGGGCUGGCCGUGGGGCUGGCGGCGGGCGGGCUGGGCUACCUGGGCGGCGCGGGGCUGGCGCGCGCGCUGCCGGCGCCCGACCAGGACCGACCGCUAGCGGGGGACACCCGCACCGCUGGCGGCGCGCUGCUGGGCGGGCCGGCGGGGCUGCUGCUGGGCGCCAAGGCGGGGCUGGCCGUGGGGCUGGCGGCGGGCGGGCUGGGCUACCUGGGCGGCGCGGGGCUGGCGCGCGCGCUGCCGGCGCCCGACCAGGACCGACCGCUAGCGGGGGACACCCGCACCGCUGGCGGCGCGCUGCUGGGCGGGCCGGCGGGGCUGCUGCUGGGCGCCAAGGCGGGGCUGGCCGUGGGGCUGGCGGCGGGCGGGCUGGGCUACCUGGGCGGCGCGGGGCUGGCGCGCGCGCUGCCGGCGCCCGACCAGGACCGACCGCUAGCGGGGGACACCCGCACCGCUGGCGGCGCGCUGCUGGGCGGGCCGGCGGGGCUGCUGCUGGGCGCCAAGGCGGGGCUGGCCGUGGGGCUGGCGGCGGGCGGGCUGGGCUACCUGGGCGGCGCGGGGCUGGCGCGCGCGCUGCCGGCGCCCGACCAGGACCGACCGCUAGCGGGGGACACCCGCACCGCUGGCGGCGCGCUGCUGGGCGGGCCGGCGGGGCUGCUGCUGGGCGCCAAGGCGGGGCUGGCCGUGGGGCUGGCGGCGGGCGGGCUGGGCUACCUGGGCGGCGCGGGGCUGGCGCGCGCGCUGCCGGCGCCCGACCAGGACCGCGGGGCUGGCCGUGGGGCUGGCGGCGGGCGGGCUGGGCUACCUGGGCGGCGCGGGGCUGGCGCGCGCGCUGCCGGCGCCCGACCAGGACCGCUAGCGGGGGACACCCGCACCGCUGGCGGCGCGCUGCUGGGCGGGCCGGCGGGGCUGCUGCUGGGCGCCAAGGCGGGGCUGGCCGUGGGGCUGGCGGCGGGCGGGCUGGGCUACCUGGGCGGCGCGGGGCUGGCGCGCGCGCUGCCGGCGCCCGACCAGGACCGACCGCUAGCGGGGGACACCCGCACCGCUGGCGGCGCGCUGCUGGGCGGGCCGGCGGGGCUGCUGCUGGGCGCCAAGGCGGGGCUGGCCGUGGGGCUGGCGGCGGGCGGGCUGGGCUACCUGGGCGGCGCGGGGCUGGCGCGCGCGCUGCCGGCGCCCGACCAGGACCGACCGCUAGCGGGGGACACCCGCACCGCUGGCGGCGCGCUGCUGGGCGGGCCGGCGGGGCUGCUGCUGGGCGCCAAGGCGGGGCUGGCCGUGGGGCUGGCGGCGGGCGGGCUGGGCUACCUGGGCGGCGCGGGGCUGGCGCGCGCGCUGCCGGCGCCCGACCAGGACCGACCGCUAGCGGGGGACACCCGCACCGCUGGCGGCGCGCUGCUGGGCGGGCCGGCGGGGCUGCUGCUGGGCGCCAAGGCGGGGCUGGCCGUGGGGCUGGCGGCGGGCGGGCUGGGCUACCUGGGCGGCGCGGGGCUGGCGCGCGCGCUGCCGGCGCCCGACCAGGACCGCUAG